GCCCCUUCUCUUUUCCCCCUUGCAGCCCUGAUCCUGCUCUUCUAUCUCAUCUUCUACGGCUUCCUCACGGCGCUCUUCACCCUCACCAUGUGGGUCUUGCUGCAAACUGUGGACCCCCACAUCCCCAAAUAUCAAGAUCGCCUCUCUGUCCCAGGCAUGAUGAUCCGCCCGAAGACGGAUGCUCUGGAGAUCACCUACAAUGUUUCCAACACUGAGGUCUGGGAGAGUUACGUAAAGAUGCUCAAUAACUUCUUGGGAGCCUAUAAUAAUUCGAAGCAAGUGGCCACCAACGAGUUCUGCCGCCCAGGGCAAUAUAAUGAACAGCCUGAUAAUGGAGUGGCGAAUUACCCUAAGCGGGCCUGCCAGUUCAACCGCACCAUGCUGGGAGACUGCUCGGGCCUCAACGACACCAGCUAUGGCUACCGGGACGGGCGUCCUUGUGUCCUGGUCAAAAUGAACCGGGUCAUCAAUUUCUAUGCCGGAGCCAACAAGACGAUGAAUGUUACUUGCUACGCAAAGAAAGAGGAAGAUAUCCAGAAAUUGGGAGAGAUUGCCAUGUUUCCUGCCAACGGGAACAUUGACCUCAUGUACUUUCCUUAUUAUGGCAAAAAAGUACAUGUCAACUACACGCAGCCGGUGGUGGCGGUCAAGUUCCUCAACCUCACCUUCAACGAGGACCACAACAUCGAGUGCAAGAUCAACGCCGCCAACAUUGCCACCACCGACGAGCGGGACAAGUUUGCCGGGCGCGUGGCCUUCAAGAUCCGGGUCAAUAAAGACUGAGAGCCGGGGGUUGCUUGCUGUCCUUCGGCGUCCCCCCGUCCCUUUUGCGCCCCUCUUUUCUCCUUCCGAGGAUCCCGCUGGCCAUUUCCCGGUCUGCGCAUGGAUGAACGGAUGACAGACGAGGUCCUGGCAGUCAGCGGCGUCCAUCUUGGCUGCUGCUCCUCUUCCUCCUCCUCGUCCUUGGGUCACUAACCUUGGCUACUAGACAAUCCCGUAUUCCCUCUCCAUCCUAAAAUACGAAGGCUUUGCUGCUUCCAAAACCCGACCUGCCAUCUUUCCCUCCCCGUCUGGAAUGCUACUUUGGCUCAUUCUCUAACCCAGGCGUGGGCAAAUUUGGGCCCUCCCUCCAGUUGUUUUGGACUCCAACUCCCACAAUUCCUAACAGCCAGUAGGCUGUUAGGAAUUGUGGGAGUUGAAGUCCAAAACACCUGGAGGGCCCAAGUUGGCCCAUGCAUGUUUCUAACCUCACAAUCUGUGACCCUGAAUCCCCCCUUCCUGAGAUAUUUCCUAAUAUAAUAAUAAAAUGUAUAUAGAUAUUUUUUAUAAAUAUAUUAAAAAUUAAGGUACCGCCGA